AUGGACAUCGAUGUUACUCAAGAUUCAGACCUGAUUUUUGAUGGGAUCAACAUUGUCAAAACAAAUUACCCCCUGAAGGUAUUGGCCACCUUUCCUACAGUUGAGAUUGAGAGCCAAGAUACAUCGUGGUUUCACAAGCUGUGGGAGGUGAGCUUACGCACUUUGAAGAAUUGUAUGCACGACUGCUACGAGGACUGCCCAUUCUACGAGCAGCUUCAGUACGCCAUGGAUACAAGAAGCUCAGCACUCUUCACAUAUGUUAUCUCCCGAGAUGAUCGGAUGGCACGCCAAGCAAUCUUACAAUUCUACAACUCUUUUCAACCAAAGACAGGGCUGACAGCAAGUCGAGCUCCCUGUCACCAUCCCCAGAUCAUUUCUCAUUUCUCUCUUUUCUGUAUAUGUAUGAUUACAGACCAUUACGAGCAGUUCGGUAAUGGAGAAUUUGUAGCUGGCUUGUUCCCCAUCGUUGAUGCCAUUCUGUACACCUUUGGUAAUCGUCUUGACAAAGAGACCGGACUCCUUCGCGUUUCCCAGUUAGCUGGCGACUGGGAGUUUGUUGACUGGAGUGAUUCAUAUAAGCUAUUUGGAGUUCCAUCAGCCGCAAAGGAUACUGGCUUCCUGACCUAUACGAAUCAGUUGUUCGCAUACACUUUACAAAGGCUCAGUUCGCUCGAGUCGUGCCUGGGCAAGCGACCACGCGCAGAUGAACACAGCCAUCAAGCCGAGUUGAUCAUCCAAGCUGUUAGAAACCACUGCUUCGACGGUGCCUAUCUCACGGAUGGUCUCGCUACAAUGGCUACAGACAACCAUUAUAGUGAGUAUUGUCAAAUUUGGGCAGUUCUCUGUGGCGCAAUAACUGGCAAUGAAGCCUUUGAGCUUCUGAAUCGCUCUGUUUCUUUUCAAGCCAAAGCGGAAGAGAAGCGUGCGCACAAGUUCACAGAGGCAUCUAUAGCUAUGGCUUUUUAUAGUCUGAGGGCGUUAUCCAAGGUUGGUGAUGAGGCAUACGAAGCCCAAUUCCUCAGUUUUUGGGUACCCUGGCGAAAGCAGCUUGAACUCAACCUGACAACUUGGGUGGAAGACUACAUCACGCAAAGAUCGGAUUGUCACGCAUGGGGCAGUAUUCCUCUAUAUGAGUUCGCCGCCGAGGUGGCGGGACUCAAGCUCGCCAUGAUCAACGGCGAGAGGGUACUUCUCUUCAAGCCACGAGUGAGCCUCUUCAUGGCUUUCAAGGCCGAUAUUCCAGUGAGUGGUAACUGGCAACAGCCAAUACUGGCUCGCGUUUCCUGGCAGAAGGAUCAGAAUAAUGAGGCUGUUCUGACUUUGUCAUGGGACAGUGAUGGCGAAGGGAUCCAGAAAGAAAAGCAGCUACCUAUCCAUAUAAUCUUACCUAAUAGGCACGAAGAGGUUAUGGAAAUAUUCAGUAAUAAGAAAUGGAAGCUGAGCUUGGGCUCGAGGAGCAAGACAACAUCAGACCUUGAUAUAUAG